ACGAAAUUCACACACGAACAACGAACGAAUAACGGCAACAAGCAAGAAGCAAGGGAAGACAAGACAAGACGACAGUGAACGCCUGCUUCGACUGCUGCCUUGCUGUGAGCUGUGCUGUGUGUGUGUGUGUGUGCAGUCGAGUGUGCGUCUGUGGGAGUGGAGCAGGAUGGACUUGGAUGGCAUCGUGGGUGCCGUUCAGGCGUUUUACCACUCGGACGACCUGAAGCUACGCACACAGGCUGAGGAGUACCUGCAGGAGGUGCGAUCUGCACCCGACAGUAUGCACAUCGUGCCAUACCUGCUCGCCCCUCAAACGUCACCGGAGGUGCACUUCUUUGCCAUAUCCGUGCUGCAAGCCAAUGCCGCCACCAUCAAGUCCCAGAACCCAGAGGUCCUCGGGCACCUCCAGCAGCUUCUCCUCAACCUGAUCUUCGAGUUCUCGUCACUGGAGACGUUUGUGUAUCGAUCGCUGUGUGCGGUGAUGGCCACUGUCAUCUUCCGCAGCGUUCCAGAGAGCAUGCAAGGCGUCUUUGGCCAGAUUGUAGAAGACAUUAUGCCUCGAUCCCAGCUUGCGGGUCUCGAAUUCAUCAAAGCCUUCAUCCAAGAGGGAUGCAAGAUGAUACAGCAAAAGACAAUCACGCCAGCGUCCAUGCAAGAGCUCCAAGCGGCGCAACCAACCGCCCUUGCAGCCCUACAGACGGUGUUGUCCCAGAACAUGGAGGUUGCAGAUGUGUCGCUGGCUGUGACUGCGCUGCAGUCUCUCGCCGCGUGCAUUGAGACCGGCAUCGUGCCGCUCGCAGCGCUCAACGACCACCUCAACCUGACCCUCGCCUUCACGGGCAGCGAUGAGACCUUCUCUGCUGCCAUGGAGUGCUUGGUCGCGCUCGCUGGCCACCCAGGCCUUGAAGAUGAACCGGAAGCGCUGUCCGCUUUCGUUACGACUGUCCUCAGUCUGCGCGAAAUGUAUGACGCCUCUCUUGCGCAACAGGAUGACGAGAAGACGGAAUGGAUGUGCAAGCUUGUCACAGAACUCGUCGACGACAACAUUGACACGCUGCUGACGCUGGCGGAGGGCCCGGCGCUCUUUGAUCUCUUCAUCCACAUGACCGACCACCCCCUCCAGUUUGGGACGCAGGAGACGCAGUCUGAGCUGACGCUGAAGGUCUGGUAUCGCGUCCUGCAGGGAUUCGUCGAGCUCGAGCGAGAGACCCGGCACCGGACGCGUCGCGUGUAUCUUCCACACAUCAUGCAGCUGCUUCGAGUGCUGCAACGGAAGAUGAUGUACCCACCGGCCAUCGAAACGCUCAAUGAACACUACCAGGAGAGCAUCGAGAAAUACAGACACGAAGCUGGAAACGUGAUCAUGUUCAUCUCGUGCUUCACAACGUUGAAUUGCGUGCAGGUCCUGGCGGAGCUGCUUGAGGCCGGGCUGCGCGACGACAACUGGCUCUCUGUUGAGUCGUCAUUGACGUGCAUCUACCGCGCCGCCACAUUCUCGCCGGCCGCUGACGACGAGCACAUGCCCCGUAUUGUUGCCAUGCUCGAGUCCCUCCCGCCGAACAAGUUCAUCUCCAUCGCGAGUGUGCGCGUUGCUGGCGCGCUUGGGGCGUGGUUGCGCAACAGACCAGACCAAGUCACCACCAUGCUCGAUAUCAUUCUGAAGAAUCUUCUGACCGUGACGCCGCAGCCGCGGACAGGUGUUGUUUCCCGUGAUACCGGCGGCAACUGGACACCAGAUGCAAGACGAACGCUGCAGACGGAGGCUGACGCGGGCGCCGAAGCGUUUCGGGAUCUCUGCGAAGGAUGCGAUGAUCUCCUCCUCCCAUAUGUCAACAGCAUCAACCUUGCAUACAGGGAUGCUGCAAGUCAUGGUCUGAGCACUGAGAGCCGGGCGCUGGUGGCAGAGGGACUCGUCCUCAUCUCCCGCAAGACAAAUCUCGACCGCGCCGUCGAUCUGCUCCAGAACACACUGCAACGAGAACUGGAGGAGAUUGACAACUGUGCGUGCACAGCACAAGCAGCUCUCCAGCCGACACAACUCAAGUGUGCAGCGAGUGACAUUCGCGUGCUCGGCCACGCCAUUCGGUUUCUUCGUAUCAAAGAAGAGAGUCUGAGAUUACGGCAGUUGAUUUCCAAGGUGUCGGCGCUGAGUGUUCAGCUCAUUCUUCGCCAUUCAUCGGACGAGCCCCUCAUGCAGGCGCUGUGCGACAUGCUGAUGAACUGCAUGCGCGUGAAUGUUCACCUCCUCGACACCAACAUCGGCAUGCUUGCCCCUGCUGUCGGCUCGGGGUUUGUUGAGUCGCAGCACGCGUGCUUGGUGGAUCUGCUCACCAGCAGCAUCAGCGUGUACGGGCGUGACGAGGCGCACACAGCCAUGUUUCUGGAUGUGUUUCGCAAGGUCCACGGCGGCGUUGUUGGUUGGUUUGAGGCCGGACAACACGUGGAGAGCCCAGAUGCAACAGCAGGGUACUUUCGCCUCGUGUGCCGCAUGCUGCGCACGCUUGGCGAAGAUGUGUUUCUGAGCGAGGCUGCGCUGAGCAGGCCCGUGCCGCUGGUGCUGACAAUGACGCAGUGGUCGAUAGCGGCGCUGAUGCUGCAGGAGCCACACGUGGUGAAGCAGGCAUGCAACGCCAUUGUGGAGCUGCUGCGUAUGCUCGCCAAGUCGCCCGCCGCGGCCGAAGACAUCUUGGGGGAGAAGGGCGUGGGCCACAUAUGCGUGGAGACAUGCAUGCAGUCCAUGUGCACAUCUGCGCCGGCCAUCUGUGUCCCGGAUAUUGCGCGGUGUAUCGGCACCUUCCAGCUGAACUUCUCGACGAUCCUGCAACAGGUGCUGCCGGCGAUUGUGGCCGCUCUGCCCGUCAGCGUGCGAGAGGACGUCAAGGAGUCGUUACUCCAACAGAUGUUUCAACUUGACAGCAUCGGACAGCUCACCUCCCUCCUCAAGUCGUUCUCUGCCAUGUGCCGUGCCGUGUAGUUAAAUGCGUGGGUUCAAAUUGAUCCCGCUGCCGUUCGCCAUCCCACGACAUAUCGCUAUCAUAGCUCGUGUGUGUGUGUGUGUGUGUGUGUGUGUGUGUGUGUGUGUGUGUGU